AGAUCUUCAAGAUAUCAGUUUAUUUGUUUCAAUUAUCAUAAUCAAAGAUGAGUGACUACGGUGACGAUGCUCCACACAAUGAUGGUUUAGAUGAGCAGGUCCUCGAGGAAGAUGGAGACUACUUUUCUGAUGAUCAAUAUGCUGAGCCUGAAGAACAACCCCAAAAAAAAGCCGAAGAAAGAGUGGAUGUUGAUAAAAUGGAAGUAGAAGAGGAUUCAAAUGUUAACAAAAGAAAAACUGUAAGAGAUUUGGCCAUACCUAGAGAAAAAAGAACAACUACACCUUUUAUGACAAAAUACGAAAGGGCAAGAAUUUUAGGUACAAGAGCUUUACAAAUAUCAAUGAAUGCACCAGUUUUAGUGGAUAUUGAUGGGGAGACUGAUCCUUUACAAAUUGCAAUGAAAGAAUUGGCUCAGAAAAAAAUUCCUUUGGUAAUCAGAAGAUUCUUACCAGAUGGUUCUUAUGAAGAUUGGGCUUGUAAUGAGUUGUUUGUCGAUAUUUGAAAUGUUAAAAAGUCUUUUUUCACUGUUUUACUUAUUUUUCACUCGAUCAAACAACCAUUAAUUUUUCCAUUAUAGUUAUUAUUUUCAUUGUUGAUAAAAAUAUAAAAAUAUAAAAUUAAAAAAAUAUGUAUAUUUAUUUUAUUUUCGGUAUUAUCUUUUUGUUUCAUUUUUUUCGUUUUUUUUCCACUUUAUCGUUUAACUUAUAUCUAGCGUUAACUUAUUAUUUUUUUUCAUUAUAGUUAUUCAAUUUUUAUUUUAUUCAUCAUUCUUAGUCAUCUCUUAUAGUAUUAACAAACCUUUCUGCCAAAAAUAUCUCUGUACCAUCCAUUUCAACUUUAAUAAAUCCUUUUAAAGCACUGUCGAUAUCUUUUUCUUUCAUUCCAACUAUUCUCAAAUUUUCUUUUAAAUCCUCUACAUCUAGUUUUAAUUCUUUCCUUUUUUCAUUGCCUUUAA